AUGGAUGGAAGUGAAAGUGGCUGGAGUUCACCUGUAGUUCUCGUGCGUAAGCCUGGAAAAAAUAGCUUAUGUUUGGACUCCAGGAAACUUAAUAAAGUAACCAAGAAUGACGCCUAUCCAUUUCCCCAUAUAGAGAAUCUGUUAAGUCGUCAAUCAGAAACACAUUUCAUAAGUAGUGUUGAUUUGAAAGAUGCAUUCUGGCAGAUACCUCUAGCUGAAUCGGCAAGGGAAAAGACCGCCUUUAGUACACCUGGUAGACCCUUAUAUCACUUCAAAGUCAUGCCUUUUGGCCUCUGCAAUGCGGCACAACGUUUAUGCAGGCUGAUGGACACGGUGAUACCUAAUGAAUUAAAGCAAAAUAUAUUUGUUUAUCUGGACGAUCUACUGAUUGUCUCAGGAACGUUUGAGGAACAUGUUCAAAUACUGCGCACUUUAGCUGCACUUUUGCGUAAAGCAAAUGUGACUAUAAACCUAGAGAAAUCAAGAUUUUGUUUUAAAGAGCUUCGGUAUUUAGGUUACAUUGUUGGAGGAGGCUGUAUUAAAACAGAUCCAGACAAAGUAGCGGCCAUACAAGAGUUUCCGACACCAAGGACACCUCGACAAGUUCGAAGGUUUCUAGGACUUUCCGGAUGGUACAGGCAUUUUGUGCCAAAUUUUUCAUCCCUGACAACCCCAAUAACCAACACUCUUAGGAAGAGCAAGACCUUUGUCUUUACUCCUGAAGCUCAGCAAGCUUUUGAAGAACUGAAAGUAGCUCUAACGACAGCUCCUGUGUUGGUCAAUCCUGAUUUUCUAAAACCCUUUAUCAUUUUAUGUGAUGCUUUAUCUACUGGUGAUUUGAGUGGAAGAUUAGCGCGGUGGAGUUUGAUACUUCAAAAGUAUUCCUUUGUGAUAGAACAUCGGAAAGGUUCACAAAAUGUGGCACCCGAUGCUCUAUCUCGUGUCUAUGCUGCGGAUGAAAUCGACUUCACACCAUCUGAUGUUCUCCACGUCAAUCUUGAUGAUCCGCAUUUUAAGUCAGAUGAGUAUCUGAAAAUGAUCAAAACGAUAAACAAUAAUAAAGAACGUCUACCUGACCUCCAAGUUUCAGAAAAUGUCAUAUACAAGAAUGUUAGACACUGCACCGGUGACCCCAUACAGGAUGAUUGUGUAUGGAAACUGUGGGUACCUUCCACCCUAACUCAAAGUUUAAUCAGACUGGCACAUGACCCCACGCGAUCUUCGCAUGGUGGAGUCACAAAAAAUUUGUACCGCCCUCGCGAAAGGUAUUACUGGCCCAAUAUGGCGACUGAAGUAAAAUCUUGUAUUGCCCAAUGCGUUUUGUGUAAAUCCUCAAAAGCUCCAAACACCAUUUUAAGACCACCAAUAGGACAAUCCUUCCUCGUCGAAAGGCCAUUUCAACAUGUAUUUGUUGACUUUCUCGGUCCUUAUCCUAGGUCCAAAAAGGCAUACGCACCUCAAGCAAAUGCCAGUGAGCGUACUAAUCGCUCAAUUUUAGCAGCAAUACGGUCAUACGUUGAUCAAGCUCAAUCUAAUUGGGAUAGACAUUUGGUAGAACAUGGUUCAGAUUAUCAGCUCCUUAAGAACCCUAAUGGAUUGAAUAAUUCGGAAUUUCAAACACUUCCAAAAGCCAAUAAGAUGAACAUUAUUCAUAGCAGUAUCCAAGAAUGUUUAGCUCAGGCACAUAAAAUAUAUGAGAAAACUUAUAACACUCGCAGCAAAACCUGCAAAUUCAAAGUUGGUCAAGUUGUCCUAAAACGUAAAUGUCCUAAGUUCGUACAAGCGAAACUUAAGUGA